ACCAGCUUUCCAUUUUCGUCAAUUGAAUGUAACACCAUAGUCCAAGAACUGUCUACACCAUAUUCCUUCAUGACCCACAAUUCAAGUUGCUCGUCAUUAAUGUCUUCAAAGCUUCCACUUGUAACCACUGCAAUGGAUUCUUCAUAUUUGAUCAAGGACAUUUGAGGUGCAAACUGAACUAAAGUUUUGGGAUAAUUCAUCACGUGAAACUUUUCGGUGCUCAAAUCAAAAGCCAAAAUCAUAUUUGAGAAGAAGCGACGAUGCAGAAAUCCAGGCCAAUGCAAAACUCCUCUCACAAAAGCUGCCUCCCUAGCUCCACCACAACUAUGCUUGGGACAAACUUCACUAAGGCUCGUCCAAGAAUUCCUAUUUAAGGAAAACAACCAAACUUCAGUCAAAUCUUCGUCGUAACCCCGAGCCACAACUAGAAGUACCUUGUAGUCAUCAGAUGCCGAAUCAAACCCAAAACCUAGGAAGACAUCAUCAGUCCCAGUGUAGGUGAAAUCAAUCUUGGGCAAAGUGAAAUGCAUAUGAAUGGAAGGAUUCCAUAAAAUGAAAUCGCAAGAAUUUCUCCGAACAUCUGCGAGACAAAUCAGCCCAUUACAUGUACCAGCAAUUCUAAAAUCCCCAAAUCCACCACACUCGAAGGGUGCAUGGAACUGCUUGUACUCCUCAAAGGAAUCAUUAUCCCGACGCAAUUGAUAAAAUUCUUUGUCAUCUCUGGUGAAUCGGAGAAGGAGAAGAUCGUCGCGAAGAGACGCAGCCUGGUGCAGAUGAUUGGAAAUGAAAGAGGGAUGCUUGAUGAGAGCGUACCAGGUCUUGCAAACGGCGGUGCUUUUCACCGCCGAUUUCACCGGGAGUCUCCGGAGGAUGAGCGUGAUGAUUUCAGGAGGCAAAUAGUUUGACAUAUUCCUCUUCCCCAAAUAGUCAGACAUCUUCUUCUUCUGCUUCUUCUUCUUCUUGGAUUAUAUCCGGAGAAAGUGGGAUGCCGGUAGAUCUGUUGAGGUUAUAGUUGGCAGAUCAAUCACACCAUUUUUUUAAUUAAAUAGUGCAAGGGAGACUAGGGAGUAGGGAGUAGUAAAAUACUCACUCGGUC